GCCCCGCCGAGCCGCGGUCGCCGGGCAGGGGCGGGCGGGCGCCAUGGGCGCGAUGCUGUGGUGGGACCAACUGCGGGCCGGCAGCUCCGAGGUGGAUUGGUGCGAGGACAACUACACCAUCGUGCCCGCCAUCGCCGAGUUCUACAACACGAUAAGCAACGUCUUGUUUUUUGUUUUACCACCCAUAUGCAUGUGCUUAUUCCGUCAAUAUGCAACCUGCUUCAACAGCGGAAUAUAUUUAAUAUGGACUCUACUAGUUGUGGUCGGAAUUGGAUCUGUUUACUUUCAUGCCACCCUCAGUUUCCUGGGCCAGAUGCUGGAUGAGCUGGCUAUACUGUGGGUUCUUAUGUGUGCUCUUGCCAUGUGGUUCCCUAGAAGAUAUCUACCAAGAGUUUUUCGGAAUGACAGGAGCCGGUUUAAAGCUGCUGUUGGUGUCCUGUCUGGAGUUACUACCUGCCUUGCCUUCAUUAAACCUGCCAUUAACAACAUCUCACUAAUGACUCUGGGUGUUCCUUGCACAGCUUUACUCAUUGCUGAGUUGAAGAGGUGUGAAAACCUGCGUGUGUACAAACUUGGUCUGUUUUCAGGUCUUUGGUGGAUGCUAGCACUUUUCUGCUGGAUCAGUGACAAAGCUUUUUGUGAAAUUUGGUCGUCAUUUAACUUCCCCUAUUUACACUGUGUAUGGCACAUUUUGAUUUGCCUUGCGGCUUACCUAGGCUGUGUCUGUUUCGCUUACUUUGACGCUGCCUCCGAGAUCCCUGAGCAGGGCCCAGUCAUAAAGUUCUGGCCAAGUGAGAGAUGGGCAUUCAUUGGUGUUCCGUACGUCACCCUCCUCUGCGCACACAAGAAAUCACCGGUGAAGAUCACAUGAAGUUAGCUGUGGAGUGGGAUGGAUUUUCAACUUUCAUUCCAGCUCAGACAGUAUCUAAAACAAUGAUAAAUGCAUAGGGUUGUAUUUUAUCUUCUUAAGAUAAGCAGCCUUCCCAAGUCGUAGAAACAGGUGGCAACUGUGUUCUUUCUCCUCCUUCCAGAGAAGAGAGAGGUAACAGGAGCAUGAAAGCCCUUGAACUAUUUUCUCUGGUUGGCUCUAUUUUGCACUUUUUUUUUUAAUGUAGCACUUCAUUUGAUUAAAAUUUUUUCCAAGUGUCAAUAACUAGAAAUGAAGCCCCUGCAGUAGAUCAUUUUUCAUGCUUGGCUCAGUUUUGUUAACCUCUGUCUUGAGGCAUUCCUUAUAAGAGAAACUUAUCAGAGGCCUGCUGCCAUUUUUGUGUCCUCAGCUCUGAUGUGUGUGUCCUUCUCGGCUGAGAAGUAGAUGUAAUUGCACGUCGGCCACAAGGGCGUGCUCAUGUUCCUCCCAUCCCGGAGUGUAACACAGGGAGUCUGGAUGUGCAUCAAUUUGGAUCAGAAAACAUUUGAUUGUUUCCCCAAGUACAGCAGGAGACCAGUGAAAAAUGAUUAUCACUGGAUAUCUGGCUCAAAGCAAUUAAACAGUGUAAGUGUGGAAAUAGCUGACAGAAGAUCCAGUCCCUAAAACUAAAUAGGAAUUCAGGGGUUUUGAAUGUUCCUGUAUUUCCGCUGAUUUGUGGACAUUAACAUGCUGCACGUUUUCCUUUUACAGAAAUGUUGUGGAAAUCCUUCUCUACCUCUGCAGGCAUGUUUGGUAUUGAAUUUGUUAUUGAAGCUUACACAGAAAUAUGUCAGAGCACAGAUCACCAAAAUUGACAGUGUGGUUAAAUUGCUAAGACUCCUGAGGUAUCUAGCUGUAUAUUUAAUUAGAGAGUUAACUUCUCAGCAAAGCUUUGCAAAGUGACAUAAACAGUAGUCCAGUAGUGCUCUGCUGAUGAUAUUUAGGAAAAAAAUAGGUAGUAUAGGUACCUGCUUAAAAACAAAGAGAAAAGACAGAUUUCAGUAAUCAAUGAAAUGUGAUAUUCAGUCUUGCAGCGUUAGAAAGGAAUAGUAGAUUCAAGCUUUCUGUUAGUUUUCAGCUUGUUUUGUAAGGGGUGCAGUUAGUUUAAAGUUUUACAUUGGGAUUUAAGUUCUGGAAUGCCUAUGGUUCUUGCAAGCUAUUAAUGCUAGAUCUGAUAACAAAACAGUGCAAAGCACAGGUAAGUUUUUUUAAAUAUUAGUUGUGAUUACUUGGAGAAAAUGGGGUCUACUUAAAUUCUACCAAAUAUCAGAACUGUAUGUAGGUUAAGGAUUUAGAUGUGCGUUUUUAGUUAAAUGAUAUUUCCUUGUUGGAUAAUAGACCAAGAAAUAACAUUUUCUCUAUGUUUUGCUACUGAGUCUCAUGUCCUUAUUUUUUACGAAUAUGAGUAUGUACUCUGUACAAUAUCAUCUUUAGGAAAAUGGCUUUUAAGAAGAACUUUGGGGUGAAUUAGCUUUCAAGCAUUGUAAAACCUUUUUAAUAAUUUUGUAUUCAAAUUUAUGCUGAGAAAAUGGAAGCUGAUGUGUAUGCUAUUACCCUUAAAGCAAAGUUGUUAGUAGGGGAUAUAACUUCUUGAGAACUUUGAGGUGGGUAAGUAGCCUACUGUCAGAUUGAUUAAUGGAUCACAAAAGCAGCCAAAUCUUUACUUCAUUGCAGCAAUGAAUAUUUAUACCACUUGCUUGUAGAUUUGUUGGACAGAAACAUGGUUUUGGGCACAUAUUUUUGUAUGAAACUUCUUUGUAACUGUACACACAGCAAUGUUUGUUACUCGUUGAAAGCCAGCUACUUUUUCCAUUUUUUCUUCUCUCCUUGAUUCUGAAAUGCUCAGUUUUAACCAAUUCUCAGGUAUUAAUCUUGUAAUUAGAUCCUUAUACUGAUAGACUUACUGGCUGGAACCCAGCUAAGGUUGCUGUUUUCAGAUAAAGCCCUACCUUGAGUUAGAUUUCUUCAAUAGUGCUUACUAAAUUAUAAUAAUAAGAUAUUUUCAAUAUUGCUUGGGGAAUUAGUGAUUGCAAAUAUAUGUACUGUUCAGAAUGACUGGAGACUUACUGCUUAAUAUUUUGUUUGAAAGAAAACUGUGACGUGAGGGCUCUACCCAUCCUGCAGACAGCUGCUGUCUUCUGCCCUAGAGUCUGACUGCUUAUAAAGAAAUGAUUUUAUAAUUUAAAAAAUGUAGGGCAAUCAGCUAUUGCAGAGGUGAAUAAAUGCAGGUAUAGUUCAGAAUAAUCUCAACUUUAUUUAUUAACUAACCUCUAACCCUCAUACUUUUCAUAAGAGAUGCUGUGAACAAAUAUUACUAUCCAUUGUACGAAACUACACUGUAGAUUGGGGGUAUUCCAGGUAUGAGGGCACUCCAGCAUUUUCAGACGUAGUUAUUGCACUUUACCUUAAAUUAUUAUUAACUUCUAUUCCAACAAAAGCCACAUUUAUUUAAAAAAUGAAAAGAAAUGCAUAUUUUGCAUAUUCACAGCUUUACAGCUUUACUUUGAACUAAGGCUCCAGUUUAGGAUAACAUCAGUACUGAAAGAAGUAUGUAAUUGGCACACCAAGUGGUUUGUACACUGCCCGUAUCAAAAAGAUGACUAGAAGUGUGCACAAAUAGGCCUGUUAUCCUGGAGUAUGAAAUGAUGGUUUUAAAAUCUUGGAAUGCUUCCUUCCUUUGCUGGCAGGAAGUUAUUGGGUUUCUAGACUUCUCUUUCAAUUAGCAUUUUAGUUUAGCUAGUGGAACACAAUAGUGUGUUGAACAUAAUGUGGAUUCUUUAUAGAUAGGUGUUGGUAUGUGAGGUGCAUCAUUCUCUGAGUUAAACUGUAAGAAUAUUUAAGAAAGGAUGUUUAGAUCUGUCAUGGCAAACGCUUGCCAAGUUCACAAUCAUUCAGUAAAUAGCGUGUAAGGAAUUGCUCUGUUUUGCAUCUCAUUUGAAGUCUGUAUACUGAGUAUUUGUGGAAAGCAUGUAACACUUGGAACAUUAAAUUGCCUUCGGAAUAAAUACUGUUUGCCUU